AGAAACCCAAAGUGUCAUACAGCAACAAGGACAAUUACCACGACUAGUGACCGGAAUCGAACUGGAAUCCUUUCCCGAUUAUAUGAGUACAUGGACACUUGGUUGGCCACAUCACCGAUGCAGCUAUGCUUGGCUCUAUAACCGUCGGUCUUGAGCGAUGUUUCUUCAGUUUUCCCGAAUGUUUAGGUCCCCAGGUCCGAUUCCACCGCAAACAGCCAGCGUGUUAGUGACCUUCCAUGAAUGCACCAGCUUCUGUCCGGUUCUUGACGUAUCGACAUAUAAUAUUCUACGUAUGCAGUCACAAACAGCAGAUUCCCGGGUCUUCACUUCUAGUCUAGGGGAUCGAUUGAGAUUCCUAUAGGCUUGAUCCUAGGUAGCGAGAUUCCGGCGGCGACGCAUGCUACUAAAGAACUGGAAGACCACAAUCUGAUUGCUAUCUUGGAAGGUGAUGAUGCGAACAUUACGGAACAGCGACCGAAAUUUAAGUUAAAGUUGAUGGUGGCGACGAAGCCAUUGCCAUUCAUGAAAUCCAAUAAGAAGAACCGCAAAAAGAAUAAGCAUAUUAAGAAGAAAAAGAAGGUAUCUUCCUCAUCAUCCGCGGAUUCGUCAUCAUCGGACAACAACGAGGAGGAAGAGGAGUGGGUCGAAAAGUCGGGUAGCAAAGCGGAAGCCAGAGCCGGAACUUGCAUGGGUAGUGGUGGUGCGGACGAGGAACUGGGCGAUGGCGUCGUGGGACCGAUCAAAACCAGCCGUAAUCUAAGCCAGAAGGACUUUGGUAGGGCACUACUGCCUGGUGAGGGUGCCGCGAUGGCCGCCUAUGUGACCGAGUACAAGCGAAUUCCGCGGCGUGGUGAAAUCGGGCUUACAUCGGACGAGAUUGUCAACUUUGAGGACUUUGGAUACGUGAUGAGCGGUAGCAGCCAUCGUCGUAUGGAGGCGGUCCGUAUUCGUAAGGAAAAUCAAAUCUAUUCUGCGGACAAAAAACGAGCGCUGGUCAUGUUCAGCAAGGAAGAACGUCAGAAGCGGGAAAACAAGAUCCUGUCACAGUUCAAGGAGAUGAUCAGCGCUAAACUAGCCAAUGACAAGCGUUGAGUAGUUUAGCGUUAACAGUAUUAACUUAACUGCGCGCGUGCUCUCAGGUUCGUCACCAUACUUAUUUUCUGCCACAUCGCCAUUCAGAUGCCCUUCGUAGUGCUGCCGCCACCUUUGGGUUAUCUUUUAUAUUACUGUUUUUAAAUAAUAUGGACCUAUGGACAAUUAAAAAUAUAAUACCGUGCAUCGUGCAAAAAAUAUAAUUCCGCGCAUCGCCUAAAACCGUGGUUUUCAUCAAAAAUCAUAACCUGGCUAUCAUGGACAUAUUAUUAUUUGUUGAAAUGUUCAAACAUAUUAUGUUUGAACAUUUCACCAAAUAAUGUGAUGUCCACGAUAGCCAGGUUCUUUUUUUUUAUAAAAACCACGGUAUUAGGCGAUGCGCGAAUUAGGGCAGGUCAUGGUACUUCCAUUUCAGAGCCUUCGGAUGAGACAACGUAUCAUGAAGCAAAUAAAAGCGUAUCGACUACUGCGAUUGGUACCAGUAUCGGCGAUGCUAAUGAUCCUAAUGAUAAAAUAUGGAAAAACAACAACACAACUCCAAUCUGCAAAAUCGAAUUGCAAAAUUGUUCAGAUCAAACUGACUUCGAAGAUGAAAUUCCGGUCAUUGUAGUUGAGUCACAAAACUUUACCCCAGUGGACGCCACACCUUCGUUAGAGAGCAUCCAAUCGAGAGUAAUCGACGCAUCUACCGUCAUGGACACUGCGGAUGACAAUUUACUGCCAAACUCGGACCCGAUGUUCGCACUCCUGUUCACCAAGUGAAAAGCGUGACUAGCGUGAUUCAAGAAUUGCAUGAAGCUGACCGAGAACUUGCCGAGAACCAAAUUGCUCGAGUCCAAAACAAAGUGAGAAUGUUGGACAUUUUGAUGAAGUAGCUUGUACUGAGAAAACUACCGAGUUGAGCACGCAGCAAUCAGAUGAGUUGGAGUGGAUUUAUGAAAUUGUGAAAGCACCGAAAUGAACCUACGGUCGUUCUAGAUAGAAACAGUUUUAAUCGAUCCACCGGACAAGCUUAAGGUAGUUGACUCCCAUGGCUGGCGCUGGGUACAUGUAGAAGAGUCCGAUGACAACGACGUCAAUUUACAUCAAAAUCUGUGGGAUGGUUGCGAUCCUUUCCGAUUACAAUUCACGUCAGGUGAUUUCAACAACUCUACUGAAAAUUUUGCAAUUGAAUCAAGAAAGCAAUAGGUUAUCGUAAUAGAUGAUGAUGAAGUAGUAAUUAAAAUGGAGCCCAAAGAAAUUGUGGAAUCUCAUCAGGAAACUCAGGACGACGAGGCAUUGCAAAUACAGAAAAAAAAUCAAAACAGAAAGUGAAAUUCUUCGAAUAUCUGAAGAUUCUAAAGUUCUGAACCCUCAAGAUGUCAAUCAACCGGUUGUUGAAUCUGAAUGUGUCAUCACAAAAAACUAUGUUAAACACUUGACAAAAUCAAGACGUUCGCAUUAAAAAGAAAAUCAGAACAGGCACCCAAAUCAAAAAAGCCCAUUCUAAAACACAUCGCAUUGAAAUGGUCAACUAGCCCAUCUGUCGGAAAACCGAAAAGACCGCCUCGUAAAAGCACGGUAGUUAAUCCACGUCAACGGCACGCCGUUCAAACGCCAGUUCUCUCGUUGUUGGAUGCUCUUUUUGGGCAACCCAAACUGCCACCGUUGCAACGCACGUCUUCUACAACUCCUUGCCCUUCAACGUCGUCGCAGUCCGCAUCUCGUUCCUCGGUAGUUCCAAUGCCUAUCGUCGUAUCAAGAAUGAAAAAUCGAGGCUUUCGGAAAUUUUGAGGAUGUUGAGGUCGGCUAAAAGGAAGGCAGAAAAAUUUGCAUGAGUUGUGGGCUUUGCUGAAUUUUCUGUUGCCGGAUAUUUUCAACAUCGGAAAUGAUUUUGACUCCUGGUUCGACGCUAAUGAAUGCAUCAAAAUGAUUGAACGUUUCCAUGUGGUAUUGAAGCCUUUCUUGCUCCUGAAAUCGGAAGUAUAGAAGAGGGUGCUGCCAAAAAGGAGGUCAAAACGUGCGAAAAUCAAGUUAUUAAUCAAGUGGUUAAAUUGAUUAUUCAACAAAGGCGUUUUGUGGACAACAAAAUCAUGUUGAACAUCAUUCGAUUCAGCAUCAAUCGCGUUUUCGACCAUAUGUUGCAGAAAGAUGAAAAGCAAACCGCAGAGCAAGCCGCCAAGCAGGUCGAAUCUACGAACCCAAAGUAUCGAUUGCUCCCCUUCCUCCGAAGCAACCAAUUGUCCCUAAGAAUCCGGACCUGGGCAUGGAAGCAAGCAAGGAACAACAUAAUAUCCACAAAGCGGACCCGCUCAGAGAUUAGGAGCUUCUCGGGAAAGAAUCGCUGCUGACGCAAGGCUUCACCUUCUGGAACAAACAAGACUUCAGUCAAUUCAAAAGUCAAAACCAACUAAUCAGUCGGAAUGGCAUUGAAAACAUUGCCAAGGAGGUGGAGGGCAAACAUCGAAAGAGGUUAUGAAGUACAGUGCGGGCUUCUGUGAACGUUGCCACGAAAUGCAGGGCAUUGAGCGGCUGAUGAUCAGAUCGAACGGAGCGAGGCGAUGAUUCAACACCGGGCUUGGAAAUGCGGAGUGACGG